AAAAUGAAGCUCGUGUGCCACUGCACACACGGCAAUAACAGCGAGCUUCUCGGCGCCGAUUGCUGGAUCUUCAAUCCCGAAGUGCCGCGCUCGGACCCCAUUUGGGACGCCUUCUAUGCGCACACGUCCAUCGAGACGCUCAAGUUUAGCGUGUACAAGCCCGGCAAUUUGACCCACAUUCCAACGGAAAUCAUCCACCACUUGCCCAAUCUGAAGGACUUCUCCGUGCAAUAUGCUGAGGUGCCGGAGAUAGGAAGCUAUACGCUAUCCAACAGGAGUCAUCUUACGCGGGUGGAGUUCAAGAACUGCAGCAUGUACGCUCUGCGGAGGCACGCAUUCGUCCACCUUCCCGCCCUCGUGGAGAUAAAUCUGAAGUUCAAUGAAAUCAUGGACAUCGACAGACACGCAUUCAGCAAUCUGCCCAAUCUGGAGCGAUUGCUUCUGGGCUAUAACAAUAUCACGAGUCUACAUGAUGAGGUGUUUAUCCACCUGGGCAAAUUGACUGAGCUCUAUCUCCAGUACAACUUGAUUGCUAUCCUCAGCCGAGAGGUGUUCAAAGGACUCGGCAACCUCAAUGUGCUCGAUCUCUCUGGCAAUCACAUCACCUUUGUGGGCGACACCGUGUUCGCCGAGCUGUGGAGUCUCGAGGAAUUGUAUCUGGACAGCAAUCGCAUUGAGAAAAUCUCCGAAAGGGCCUUCGAUGGACUCAACAAUCUGAAAUUGCUCAAGCUGAGCCACAAUCACCUCGUGUCACUGGAGAAGGGCGUCUUCACGGUGGUGCCGGCCCUAAAGUCUCUCUAUCUCAACGACAAUAAACUGGAAACGCUCACUUACAACAACUUCCUUCCCAUUUGGGACAACCUGCUGGGUGUUGACAGCGUGCUCGGGAUUUCUGAUAACCGAUUCGUCUGUGACUGUCGACUAAUGUGGAUCUACGAUCUGAAGAAUCGCACGACAAACCAUGAACUGGCACGCAGUCUGAAGGAGGUGGAUUGCAUGUUGUACGACAGGAACAGCGUGCCCGAGGAAAUCUUUUCGAAUACGGUGAAGGAGAAGAACGACCGAAAUGGAGACUACUACGAUGACGCCGGCUACGAUAAUCAGGGCGAUACCUUCGCUUUCGAGCAACGAGACAUCGAUGUUGGCCGCAAAGUGCAAGUUCUGGACUUCGGUGCUGAGAAUCUUCCCUGUCCAGAGGAGCUGAGCGAUCCCACUGAAGUCCCGCUCUCCAGGGAGUCCAUCGGAAUGGUUGACUUGGGGCUCCACUCGAGCGCCGCUUCCUGGACACUCUUGGCCGCCUCGCUUAUCAGUCUGCAGACAGUAAUGGUGGCCAUGCUCUGCUAAUUUCCGCUUCGGCAAACCUGCAGCUGAUCUUUGUACAUAGUAAUCGCUGAUCAAGUAGGUAGACUUAAAUUAUUUUACUGUCCUCAGACAUUCUUCAUCUAAAGCUCAUCCCAUCAAGACCAUUGUCACUCUAUCGCAUUGUCUCCGUCGAUGUGUCUGAUCUUUCCUUCUGAUGGUGCUUCUUGUCACUGGAAUGAAUCUAUGCGCGAUAUGCCAAAAAGUCUAUAAAAUAAAAAUAUAUCUGUAUUGUGUGCGAAAAGGAUAAAGGAGAAGAGAAAAUGAUUGACCAGGAAAUUAUUUAUCAAAGCUAUAGAAGAUAAUUUGGAAUUAAUAGUAGAUAUUUCAAUAUAUGUAUGUAGAAAUUUAAGUUUCAGCACUUUUUCAGCAUGAAAAAAAAGGAUUGCACUCAACUAAAUCUCCCCUAUAUUUCCACCAGAGACGAAAAGGGAUUACGAGUGAGGAUGAAACCUAGAAAAGUGAGGUAUUUAGCAAGGAAAUCCACAUUGUGCUACUUUGGGUUGAUGAAUGAAAAAUGAGCUUCUGUCGCUGUGUGAAGAAAACUGUGAACGCAAAAAAACUGUAUGGGAUUUAACUCAUUUUCCAUCAUUUUACCCAUACAGAUGCAAAAGCGUGGAAAUGGUGAAUAUUGUACAGAUCUAUCGGGAUAGAGGAGGAAGGGAAUUGAAAUAAUGAAACAAUCAAUUUCACAGACAGUUGCGAUGCAUGUAAAUGAGAAGAAAUUCAUCAAUUAAUCCGCUACGGGGAUGGAAAAAGGCCCGUUGAGGAAAAUUACGUCUUAUUUGGUAGCCUGGCAAGAGGGUGAAUAGCAAGACUUAGUGACUGCAAAAUCUCUUGAGCUAUUUGAAUAUUGUGGCUUUGGAUUUAAUUUCGCAAACAUGCUCAUCUCAUGUGUACAUACUAUACUUUCAAUAACACCACGCGUCAUGUCUUGUCAAAAUAUCAAAUCCUCCCAUCUCCGUUCCUGCAAAAGCCCGCCCAUACAUGCGAUGAUUUUGGGAAAACAUGGAAAUGUCAUUUAUAAUUACCCGAGCUUCACCAUCAUUAUUCCUCAGCGUCGGUGGAGACCCUCUGGGGGUUGUGGCGGCGGUGAAAGGAGAAUUUCCGGCUGGCAAGUUUGCCCUGAAGUAGUGCGGAGGAUUUUCCGAGAAAAUUGUUCAGCAGAUGGAAAAUUUCGAGUUGAAUUUGCAAUGAAUACAGGUUGUUGUCGCCCUUAUUGAGUUGGCCUAAAAAUAGCUCUCAGGAAUCAAUCAUUUAGAGUGAAUGCCUUGAAUGGAAUUAAUAAUGACUGAAGAGUAACUUAUGGGCGGUGCACUGAAAAUCCUUUUGGUCACUGUGUGAGUCAGGGGAUAAGUGGAAGAAAUGAAAUUCAAUUUAUUUUAUCUAUUGUUAGAUUGUGAGUGACCCAGAUUUUUUUCCUCACGCCUUUUAUAUGAUUUUUAUGAUAUCUGUGCUGAAAGGAAAAUACGCAAGAUGAAUAAAGGACUCUUCAAAGUCAUUAUUAAGGCAGCAAGGGUGGUGAAUUUCUAUGAAUGUCAGAGAGUCUGGCGGAAAAUGUGUCGAUGCCCUUGUUAAUGAAUGGUAAAGGAUCACUCACUGUCUAUUACUGUAAUUCCCUUUACAUAUAUGCGUAAUUGUCGCGCUUAAGACUAUACAAUUCAGUGAAACUUUGACUGAACGCACGCGCCCCUAAAUUGAAAAAUAAUUGAUGUGUCUCCUGAUUUAUAUACAAUACAUGUGCACAUUGAAUAAUAAUAAUAACCGUGCUGAGGUUAUUGUGAAUACCUUUGUGCGUUUGAUAAUGAUCUCAAUGAAUACACUAUUAAUAUAAUGAGUAUUUCUUCGAUUUUUCCCGCUAAAUGAAAUCAUUCUGUCAAACCCUUACUUUCUAGCCUUUUUCUUGUAAUUCAUAUUUAAUUUAUUCACAGUAAGUUCAACCUACUUUAGCUGCUCAAGUUAUUUCCGAAAACACAUGGAAAAGCGAAGUGUUUCAUCGGCUUCACAAGUGGAAAGGGAGGGGAGAAGAUGUAUUUUUGUAGCAGAAAGUCUUACUUCUUCAUGAGGUAUCAUUAGUCGGCGAUUAAGCUGGCUUUCGAAACUUUCCAAAAUGUGUCACUGUCGUCACUGUCCUCUGGCGCCACACCGAAUUCUUCACUUCUGCUAUACAUCCUUGGGCUGUGUCUUUACCUCGGCGAGGGUGAAUGGCAAGGAGAUCCUUGUUAGGCGGUGAAAUAUGAAAGCAUUACAUAUUCAUUGUGGGUGAAUGAGAGUGAAAGUGCGUGAUAUUCGGGGUCUCCCCUCUUGAAGGAGGAGGAGGAGGAAGAAGAAAAAAAAUUGUAGAUGGGUGAUUCUCAUUGAUAUUUUGCAUAUCUUCUCCUCAUCGACUGUCGCCUACAUUCUGCGGAUUUUCCAUUGAAUUUCACCCAGUGUGAAAGUGAAAUAAAGUGGCACGCGAUUAAGCCUUGUGGCUGAUGGAUAAAAGACGCGGCGAUACCAAUUGAAUGGAAAUUCUUUAAUAGAUUUUUUCCUCUCACUGAAAGAUUCUCUUCCCGUUUUGUACUGUCAUGCGCUACAAUUUCCGUGUGAUUGUACCGAGAGAGAGAAAGAGAGUGAGGGAUUAUAUGCCAGUGAGUGCACGGAUAGUAAUUGUCUGUUGCCUUCCGUUCUCAUUUCCCUCACUUUUAUUCCCAUAUCGUCAAUUGGGGGAAAAAUACUGUGAGGCAUUAUGGUGAAAGAGCUAUAUAAGAUGUGUAAUAAAUUUCACGAAUUUUCUAAAUACCACUGCGUGAGUCUUGUCGGAAAAAUAUGAAAAUUUCACACAACAGCAAUCCUAACAAUUUCCUCAGACGACUUCGAGCAUUCUUCGGAACGCGUGCAUCAAUUGAGGAAGAGAGACAGUUUGAAAAAAAAGACACGCAACAGCAUUAGACAUAUAUUAUGCAUUAAGCGGGAUAAGUUUAGCAUAGAAGACUUCCCCUAUUACAGUACGAUGUGAGUGAUGAUGAAAAGAAAUAUGGAUUAAAAUCAGACCUAUGAAAGUAAAUUAGAGACUUUGUAAAUAAUUAAAGUCUGUGUAGAGAAAGGGGAAGGAAUUUGAGGCAUUGCGUGGAGAAAGGAAGACAUUUGUGUCAGAUUUUCGCUUCAGUUGCCCACAAUUUCUUCAGCAAUCAAUUUCUAUCGUAAUAAUUUUAUAGGUCAAGUGUAAAAAGAGUUCAUUAGUGAGGCGAUAAGGUAUAUGUUAAUGGAAUUAAGGUUUAGCAUUCUGCGUGACGACACAUCAGUUUUAUUCAUAAGAAGCGGGAAAAGGAAUGAUUUAGGAGAGGAUGUCUAUAGAAUAUUGCGCUAUUUGCCAUCACAUUAUGACUUUUCAUAAGCUGUAGUCUAACGAGAAUUCUAGUAGCGAUCAUAACUUAUAUCAUAAGCCACUGGUAGUGCUAAAUUAGGGUAAGAGAGGAUGAUGAGAGGAGUGAAUAUUUUCCACAACGGAAGGAGGAUUGUGUCAUGUUGUAUUUUGAUGUGAGUACAAUUGAGUGAUACAAAUGACUAAUAUUUUUUAUACCCAAUUUGCGUAAGGAAAGCAUUUUUUCUCUCUUUAGUCGACGUGCUUUUCCUCCUACUUUAUCUGUGUACACUCUAGAACGUCGACAGAGAGAUGGUGAAAAUGACCAAAAAGGAAACUUUUUUAGGUGAAUGUGAAGGUAUAUUAUGAAAGUUUAAUGUGGAGAUCGAUUGAUGAAUACAUUAGGACACUUUAUCACUGAAUCAAUAGGAGAGAUAUUGAGAAAAUACCAUACAUAAUAAAUAAGUUUCUAUUUUGUCAAGUAUAAUUAUGAAUAUCUGAAGAGAAAAACUAUAAUUGUAGCUUAAAAUGAGAAUAAUAGAAUAACUUUUGGAACUAAUAGAACACACAUCCAUAAUAGAAUGGACAAAUUUUGUCAAUUAUUUCUAAAUAUAUUUAUUUAUAAAUUAAGAAUGUCGAAUUUCUCCUUACAAUUUCCAUUACUUUACUGACAAUUUUCCUGCAAUCAAGUUCACUCUCACAUAAACAUAGCGUAAAAAGAUUAAGGAAGGAAUGGUAAACUAAAUACUAACACUCACUGUAAGGAUUAAUUAUAAAUGAAAUUAGCUGAUAACACCAGUUUAUUAAGAUAUUUAAGAACAUUUUGGCAUACAAUACAAUGUAAUUUCCGUAAUCACGAGUUUAGGAACGGCGAAUCACAGCUAGAAUAGAAAACCACCCUUAAUUUGAAUAAUGGUAUUAAUAUUCAUUUCAUUGAGUAUUUUUCAGCUGACUUACUGUACCUACAUAUAUCAUCGUGAAUUUGUAUAAAAAAAAACAUGAAGAAAGAACUAAUAAAAAGGAACAUUUGUGAAGAAAA